AUGGAUAUGUAUGGUAGUUAUCCAUCACGCUUAUCAAUUGCCUGCAGUGAGCUCCUAUUGCGUAUCCAGAAUCAAAGUUACGCUGUGGAUACGUAUUUUUUGCAAUCGGCGAUCGAUCGUAUUUUCAAUGAUUCACAAAUCGAUCUUUUAUCUGUCCUAUUACAAUCAGGGAUAAAUGAUUCUAUAAAUGAAUAUGACCAAGUGAUUGAGUUGAUUGGAACAAAUUCCGUUAUAUUCAAGCUAUUAUUAGAAUCAAACAUCGAAUUUUUCGAGUACUUUGUGAUCUCUUUUUGCCGACAUUUGGAGCGUAGCUCAUGUAUAUUACAACUGAAAACGGUUCAAGAUAGCGUUUAUAUGAGGCUUCUCGCCGAUUAUGUUUGUUUUAUGAUGCCGGUGAAUGAAGAAAAUUCAAGUGCUGUAACAGCGAAAAAAAUUCAUUCUGGCAAUACGAUGAAGAGUAGUUACAGUACACCGCUGAAUCUCUUUAAAGAAGAAGCUUUAAGACGGUAUGCGCUCUGCCCCUCGUCACACUCCAUUCGAACAUUACGGACUAUGACGCAAUCCAUUUCACCACAUUUUCUAACAUUCAUAUGUAUUCUUGUUCGCUCAUACUGCUCGCUAUCAAAUUGGCCAACUGAUUAUCGUUUCAUGGCCCUAAGAUUUGUUCUUAGAGAAAUUCAUGUAUUUGCACUUGCUGAAUCGGAAGAGUUCAAUUUUUCCCAAUCAAAACUUCAAUUGCAAUGGAAUGCACCAUUUGCGGAUGAACUUUUUGAUUUUUUCUUGUCAUUAUUUACUCGUUGGCCACCAAAUCCGUCAUUUACCAAUCUUUUCGAUGUAUGGGUUACGUGGAUCCGACCGUGGCGUUACUGUGACAAUGAUCUACAACGUAUUAUGCCGUUCAUUCGUUCUAAUCGUCGUUUUUAUGUCGAUUUGUCAGAUGCAUUCUGGCGACGGAAAUUUUCACUCGAAUGUACACAGGAUAUAGAAAAUUUAGCUUCAUACAUUUGUAUUUUGACUUCUCCUGAUAUGCUAGAGGUCUACGAAGCAUUGGAAUAUAAUUUGGAGCCAAAUGUGCUUAUUUUAAUGAAUUCAUUGAAAGAGGGUGCAGAAAAUUUGUGUUUGAGAGUGCUGAAAGAUGAAGAAAGGUUGGAAAAAGCAGGCUGGUUUCAACGCACUUUCUUUCACCUUGAAGAGGAAUUGCUUUUGUCUGAACACAAAAAGACUCUGGAAGCACUGGAGAGGCUUAUUGUGGAUGCAAGCAAAGCUAUGUCAGAUUCCGGUUGCAAUGAGUCACAAUAUUUUUCAACAAAUGAAUCACCAAUUAGUAUUAUGAAUACUUCUAAUUCACAUAAUUCAUUGAGCUCUUUCUCACCAUUCUCACGAAAGCAGAUCCCCGAUUAUUAUGUUGAUCCAGCAACAAAAUUAAUGUAUCUUACACCACUUGGACGAAAACAGGUUGCUCAAGGAACGCACCGUUUUGAUUAUUCGAAAUGCUGGAAAGCAACACCACCAAUUAUUUCAUCACUUCGUUCCGAUGAAGUUUGGUGGUUGUCUAGACUACUGUAUCGGGUUUCUAGAGCUAUUAACCAUAUCGGAUUCAUUCAACAUCUUUCGCAGUGCUACAAAGAUUCUACAUUAACUGGUUUCAUUGCUCGGCUUUUGCUUGACCCGGAAUAUCCCAAUGUUUCUGUUCCAGCACAUUCAUCAAUUGUUGCAUUCCAGAAACCGUGCCUCAAUUUGCGUUACUUAGCUUACUACCGUAAUUUGAUACCAAUUUGUUUUUUCUUUAUUAUGCUCUUUUUUCUCCCCUUUUCUUACUGCUCAAUAACAUUACUUUGCAUGAUGUUGUAUAGUAGAUUUUUGCACUGA